AUGUAUACAAACCUUAUGAGGCAAACCCGUUUCGAGGAGUUGAAGGCAGCGUAUCCUGGCCGUCGCCUUCUCAUAGUGUCGAACACUGCGGGUGCAACCAGUUAUGACAGGAACCUAGCCAUGGCUGCAGAGCUCGAGGAAGGGACAGGCCUCACUGUGCUGCCUCACUCAUCGAAGAAGCCUGGCUGCGGUACCGAGAUCAUGGAGUACUUUAGGCAACACCCUGAAACUGGCGUCUCCCAUCCAUCACAAGUUGCUAUUGUUGGAGACCGCUUAAGUACUGAUAUCAUGAUGGCCAAUAUGAUGGGUAGCUGGGGCUUUUGGGUCAAGGAUGGUGUCGUUCCCAAUAAAGAGAAGAGCAUGGUAAGUUGUUGGCCCAAGUUGCAUUGUAACUGCUCUUCACUGAACCAUUCGACAGUUCUCCCGACUAGAAAGAAGGCUAGCCGCUUCACUGCUAGCGAGGGGCUACCAAACCCAAGAUCCGUCGAGUCAAUUCGAAUAAAAAAGGCACGGUCUGCAUCAUUUGUCUAA